AUGGCGCCCAUCAAGGCCAAGACCUCCAAGCCGUUACGCAAGUACCCGCGCCUGCAAAUCAACACGCAGCUCGCCCAGACGUGUCUUACCCCCAACGAGCCCCGCGCCCCAACACGACCCACCAUGCCCUGCAUCCACAUUCGCCCGACCACGCCCAAGCCCCCGCCCGCGCCAUGGAUCGCGCCGUGGAAGCCGGCUGCACGCUACGUGCCGGCCAACGCCGUCAUAAUCGGUGCGCCGCCGAAGGCUGUGCCGUGGAGGACUGCGACGGCGCCAGCCAACGCGGCCGAGGCCGAGGCCACACUCGCCGCCACACCCGCGCCUGCCGUACCCGAGGCCAAGUAG